AUGGCCCCACUGCCGAAUGCUGAGUUAGUGCAGAACUCGGUGCAGCUGUACCGCUACCUGCUGCGCUGCUGCAAGCACCUUCCCGAAGAGAAUAUUCGGCAGCAUUACCGGCACGCCAUCAGGCAGAGUUUCAAGGUUCAUGCCGAUGAGGACGAUCCCGAGCGAAUCCAGCAGAUUAUUAAGAGAGCCAUUGAAGAUGCUGACUGGGUCAUGAACAAAUACAAAAAACAGAAGUAA